GGACCAGGCGCUUUCACCUGUGUGACUCUCGUAAUCUGCACUUCAUUAGUAAGGGAGGUAUUGAUUCCCCAGUUUUUAGAAGAAACGGAAGCUCAGAAAGGUGAAGUCAUUUGCCCCAGAUCCUGCAGCUGGGAAUCGACAGAUCUAUAUUCAAAGAGAAUCCCUCCUGGCGCCAGCGGCCUCGUUUUUUGCACUGCGCAACAUUCUCAAGUUUCUGGGAAUGAAGUCUUCUGAAAGCUGAAAGCAGAGCCUUUUUGGUCAGCAUGGAGGACAAAAGACAGCGAGCCCGAGUGCAGGGAGCCUGGGCGGGCCCUGCUAAGAGCCAGGCCACUGCACAGCCAGCUACCACUGUUAAGAGCCAUCUCCAGCAGAGGCCUGGUCAGACCUGGAAAAACAAGGACCAACAUCUGUCUGACAGACAGUUUGUAUUCAAAGAACCCCAGCAGGUAACACGCAGAGCCCCAGAGCCACGAGUGAUCGACAGGGAGGGUGUGUAUGAAAUCAGCCUGUCACCCACAGGUGUAUCAAGGCUGCGUUUGUAUCCUGGCUUUCUUGAUUUAAAAGAAGCAGACGGGAUACUGGAACAGCUUCUUCAGGAUGUUCCCUGGAAACAGAGGACAGGUAUCAGAGAGGAUAUAACUUAUCAGCAACCAAGACUCACAGCAUGGUAUGGAGAACUUCCUUACACUUAUUCAAGAAUCACUAUGGAACCAAAUCCUCACGUAACACGCAGAGCCCCAGAGCCACGAGUGAUCGACAGGGAGGGUGUGUAUGAAAUCAGCCUGUCACCCACAGGUGUAUCAAGGCUGCGUUUGUAUCCUGGCUUUCUUGAUUUAAAAGAAGCAGACGGGAUACUGGAACAGCUUCUUCAGGAUGUUCCCUGGAAACAGAGGACAGGUAUCAGAGAGGAUAUAACUUAUCAGCAACCAAGACUCACAGCAUGGUAUGGAGAACUUCCUUACACUUAUUCAAGAAUCACUAUGGAACCAAAUCCUCACUGGCAUCCUGUGCUGAGCAUACUAAAGCGCCGCAUUGAAGAGAACACUGGCCGCACCUUCAACUCCUUGCUCUGCAAUCUUUACCGAAACGAGAAAGAUAGCGUGGACUGGCACAGUGAUGAUGAACCCUCGCUAGGGAAGUGCCCCAUCAUCGCUUCACUCAGUUUCGGUGCCACACGUGUGUUUGAGAUGAGGAAGAAGCCCCCACCAGAAGAGAAUGGAGACUACACAUAUGUGGAAAGAGUGAAGAUCCCCUUGGAUCAUGGGACCUUGUUAAUCAUGGAAGGAGCUACACAAGCUGACUGGCAGCAUCGAGUGCCCAAAGAGUACCACUCUAGAGAACCAAGAGUUAACCUGACCUUUCGGACAGUUUAUCCAGACCCAAGAGGGGUGCACUGGUGAUGCGAGGUCCUUGAGAGUGAAGAUGCACUGAAAGUGGGCAAACCUUUCACACGAAGAAACUUCAGGGAGAGGCCGAUCCAGCUGAUCUCGUGGGGUGGCUGUUCAGAAGAUGAGGGUGGGAUUUGUUUCCGAGCUCAGAGUGCUACUAAGUGACAGCUAGCAGUAUAUUUACUGUGGGGAUGGUAACCUCUCAUUGCAUCUUGAAAUCGCAUAUUAUCUUUAGGCAAAUUAAAAACUGCUGUGGUUCUGCUCAAGGAUGAUUUUGUCGAUAAGCAGUUUUUCUCCUGUCCUCCCUGCCUUCAUUUGAAGAAAUAUGAAUGGAUUUAUGCCUCUGUGGAAAAUCUGCACGUGUCUAUUCCUCGUGACUUCAGCCAAGUGGAGAUACAAAUAUGCGUCAGUGACUCUGGAGCCUUUCUUAGGCAGACAUCUGCUGAAACCCAAACAGAGUUGGUUUCAUAGAGCUUUGUUGAAGUCUGCCUUGACUCCUAGGCACCUUGACUUGUGUGCUUUUGUUAGGGAAAGCUACAUAUUCAGGGAAUAAGUCUCUCUGCCUGUCAGUCUUCCUGAACACACUCAAAGACAUUGCAGGCCUCUGAAUAAAGCAUGAAGGCAGUUUUCUCUACUCCAGCCACUUUCAAGCAGUCAUCUGUCCCACUUGCAAUACAAGAGAGAACUGUCUCCUUAAAGGGAAGAGAAUCGAGUGAUGUCAUGAGAAAUAACAGACUGAAAUUUAGGCUGUAGAGCAGCAAUUGCCUUGCUAGCAGCAGCUGUUCCACAUAGAUUAGUUUCCCCUAGAGAAUUACUUGAGUCAUUUAAACCCAAGCCAGAUAGAAGCAGGAGCAGUCCUUGAGGGAAUAGACUGUUACCUAAUAGUUCUCUUCCACCUUAGAGUUCAGUAGCCCUAUGACUAAGGCUCUCUUCUGACUCAGUGUUCUCUUAUACACAAGGUCCCGAGAUACAAGGGUUAGUCCAUGAUGUCACUGAGGUUCCCAAAACAGAACAGAGUGGCUGCCCCUUGUUGCAUCAUAAAAGCACAUGUUUUCUUGACCUCUUGACUUAGGAGCAGUGUGCCAGAUUAAUUCCAAAGUCAGAUAUGGAAAACCUGAGAUAAAGAAAAUGAGUUUAGGUGGAUGAAAAUAGGGCAAUAGAGUUAUAGAGUUUCCCUGUCUGCCUAUGGAGAAAAUUUACAGAGCCAUUUUGCUUUUUAUUUUGUUUCCAUUCUAUGCUGUAAGAUUGAUGAUCCCUGUGUUCAUGGUAACAUGUCAAAGGCUGAGAAAGCUCUUACCCAGAACUAAAAUGGAACACCAUACCUGGCUUGGCUGUGUUCUCUGACAAACUUUCUGCUUUCUUGCAUUGUAACCCCUAUUAUUAUUAUGCUUAUGUAUGUAUGGCAGGCACAUGUAUAAAGCUCCUUUCUUUAAGAAAUACUAAAUGCUUUAUAAAAUCUGAGCUAUGGAUCAUACUAAGCCUUCCUGUGAGGGAGGUACAAACCACCAAAAAAAUAAAACCUCUGUUUAAUUUCUAA